CUGUCCAUAUGAUUCAUUAACAGUAUAUGAUGGUCCAAGUAAUAAGCAUCCAAUUAUUCGAAAAAUAUGUGGCUUACAGCAUCGUAUGGUAAUUUAUUCAUUUGGGCCAAAUAUAUUUAUUGAAUUUAAUACGACAAGUCCAGCUAAAGCUGAUCCACGAGGAUAUUCAUUAGAUUAUGAAUUCUCAAAUCGUUAUGUGGAUGUAUUAAAAUUAAUGGAUAAUCAAUUAGGAAUAACACAUUUACGUGGUUCAGAAUGUGAUUUACUUGUACGAAGUAAUCGUGAAACAAUCCAUUACAUACAUUCUCCUAAAUAUCCAUUAAUGUAUCCGGCAAAUACAACAUGCACAUUUAUUAUUGAUGGUUUACAAGGUGAACAAAAUCUCGAAGAAGUAAUACUUACAUUCGAGACAUUUGCUGUUUUAAGUGAAACAAUUGAGAGUAUUAAUCCAAUUCAUUUGUCGCAUACCUCAACAGAUUACGACGAGGAACCAUGUGCAACAUCCUACGUGGGUAUUGCAUUCAUUCCAACAACUAUUAAAAGUGUUUUAUCAUCCAUUGAUGAAAGUACUUAUGAUGUUAUGCUAUGUGAUCGCUUGCAAAAUGGUUCGAAUGCUUUGGGUCCUUAUAUUAGUGAUGGGCCAAGAAUGGUAUUAGUAUUUAGUUCCAAUGAAAAAGUUUCUAAUGGUGAUGGACAGAAGCCAUUAGGAUUUAAAGCAAAAAUUCAAUUUAAAACAGAUUUCGGUAUUCCGGGUCAACCAACUGGUGAUUCAAAUCAAUGUGUAUUUCAAUUUAUAAAGCCACAUGGAUGGUUCAAUAGUCCACGGUAUCCAGCAAAUUAUCCAUUGGACACCAAUUGUACUUAUAUUAUUAAAGCAAAACCGAAUGAGCAAAUUCAAGUUUAUUUCGAACAAUUUGCUCUUUAUGUUGAUGAACAGUCAACAUCAAUUCAAACAAGUUGUGCUGAUUUUCUCGAAAUAUCGGAUGUUUUUGUUAAAAAUGGAGUGGAAAUUUUGCAACUUCAAGCUCGUUAUUGUGCGAAUACAUUUCCGGGACCAACAGUAACCGCAUUUGGUUCACAUGAAUUACGGGUUUUUUUCCACUCUGAUCAUGAAGGUACCGGUAAUGGCUUUAAAGCAAUUUAUCAAAUUCGUGAAGCAUUCACCGAGGAAAUCCCAACAAUACCAGUUGCUCGACAUUGUGGUCAACGAAUAAGUCGAACAGAUGAUUUGACCAGUGGUUGGUUUAUAUCACCUGGUUAUCCGAUCAAAUACAAUAAAGAUUUGAUUUGUGAUUGGGAAAUUACUGUACGACCAAAUCAUCAGAUAUUACUUCAUCUUCUAAAAAUGGAAAUAGAGGGUGCAAUGACUGCGGAAUCAGUAAAUUGUCAAAAUGCGGUAAUUCGCGUAUAUGCUGAAUAUGAUGCUGAUGCUGGUCUAUCAGCGCAAGAGAUUUGUGGUACUGAUGAAACUCUCAUACCUCCAAUCAUUUCUAAAAACAACACUGUCCGAAUUAGAUUUUUCACAUCACCAGAUAAAGUAAACGGUUUGAAAGGUUUUAAUUUUACCUGGACAGAAGUUAAAAAAAUAACCGAAGAUGUUGACGAUGAUGAUGAUGAAUGUUCGCAUCCAACGAUGCAUCUUUGUACAUAUACAAAAUUAUGCAUUGAUGCUCGUUUGAAGUGUAAUGGUGAUGAAAAUUGUGGUUUACAUGAUGAUACUGAUGAAGCACACUGUAAUAAAUUGGAGAAUGCAACGGAAGCACGAACAAUACUUCUUACGGCAAUAAUUUCCGGUUGUAUAUUUUUGAUUAUUUCCGGUUUUAUCGGUUAUUUACUUAAGAAAAGAUUUGAGAAAAAACGGAAAAACAGUCGUCAUCGUGCAAAAUUUGGAAUGAAACAUCAACGUAAACCAUUCAGAAAUCCGCGACCAAUCACUAAAGCUGAUCCGCAUUUACUACCAGCACCAGCAGCUUCACGUUUAACACAUCAUAAUGUGACAACCGAUAUCAUUCCAUUAUCGAUUGAACAACGAAAUCAUAAGCCAUCAAAUGGUGAAACGAGCAAGAAUAAUAGUAAUAAUAAUAAUAAUAAUAAUCAUCAUCAUCCUUCACUUCUUAUACAUUCCCUAAAACCAAUUGAUGAUAGGAAUACUUUUUAUGGCUAA